AUGUAUCCAACAAAGUUUACGCCGAAUUGCUUCAAAUGCUUUCCAUUGCACCGUGCAGCAGCAAAAGGAUCGUUACCAGAGUGUGCACAAGUAGUCCGAACCGGUGAAAUUAAUCCUUACCAACCGACACAGGACGGUUGGACUGCGCUACAUGUGGCUAUUGCAAACAAGGCAGAAAAGGUGGUGGAUCUACUGCUUGAUCGCUACGAACAAGAUUGGGCGAUCGUGCGGCAAACUAUCAAGCACCAGUUCCUGUGGAAAGUGGAACAAACGGGCUGGAAAAGCAGACCGAUACUGAUUGCCUGGACAGAAGAGGAAUGUGAAGCUGCACUGAACGUCGUUUCCAGUUGUCCUGCAGGAAUUCCACUUAAUUUGCAAAUUUUUGUACUUUUACGAAACCCAACCAAUGGUCAUCGUUUCGUUGCGCUGGACGUAUGUAAUCGAACGAAAUGGUGCGACAUCAUGCGGCUUGUACGACGAUUGUUAGGGAACGGUGUGCUGUCAAUCGAUCGGUGCGAUAUGCGACGAGAUGUGGAAAAUUAUCUACACGUUGCCUGUGCCUUAUCGACAAAGGACAUAAUAGUGAAACUUAUUAGCCGAGGAGCCUCACUGACCGUGGCGUCUGGUUUGCAGCGCCGAACACCAUUAAUGGCUGCCGGCGAAAAGAUGCGCAAGGAUGUUAUCGUUCUGCUAACUACUACGUACGCCGAUCGGUUUGACCCAUUUGCCUGUGAUGGAAACCACUACACAGUGUUGCACCGCAUGAUGCACCGACAACAUACAGAAAUGGUGGACUAUUUUGUAAACUUAAUGCUGAACUAUCGCACCAAAAAACUGCAUGAGCCCAGAUCGGUAGCUUUGAGUAGAAUCUUCUUGUGCGAAUUCGCAGAGGAUUCAACGGUGAACGUCUGGAACUUUGUACGAUCAGUGCCAAUGAAGAAACUGUGCGAAAAAUAUAUAAGAGAUUGCCAAUUGGAUGUACGAAUACGACUGCGUGAUACAACAACGCUUAGUGCUUUGAUUAGCCGUGAUAUAGCAUUACAAUAUUGUUUUGAACAAAUUGAACAAGACUUGACGCUUCUUCAGCUACAGGACAACUUUGAAAAGUUCAACAUCUUGCACAACUUGAUAAGGUGCAAACAUUUGGCUUUUGUUGAAGCUCUCUAUCGAAAACAUAGUACGUUUGUUAAGGCAAUGUUUGAAGUACAGGAACCGGAAAACGAUGCCCCUUUCAAAUUGCUUCGCUUGUUGAUGUACAAUUCGGACGAACAAGGCAUACAGUUUGUCUUGAAAUAUCACUGUGAUUUUUACAGGAAAGAUAUGACAAAACUUCGGGAAGUUACGGUUCAACAGCAAAAUUGUUCUAAGCCUUCGCAUGGCAAGGUUUUGGAGGUGAUUGCGGAAGCACUACCAGAGCUACGAGAAGAUAUCGAAUCGAUCAAACUGAAAAACAAUUCACCACAAAGAGAUUUUUACGAGGAUCUACGUAAUCUUUGUGACCAUUUUGCGAAGACAGUCACCAAACUAGAGGCAAAUGGAAAGCGGUUGGAUGAUUAUUUGGAUACCAAUCGGAAGACAUUUCUGCACGCAGCAGUCUCGUGGAGCAAUAAGUCAUUGAUAGAAAACCUGCUGUCCCGCAAUAUGGAUGUUAUGAAGUUGGACGACAAUGGGUGCCUACCGAUACAUUUGGUGUACAGGAGCGAAAGCAUAUUCGAGAUGCUAUUACGCAGAAACGAAAUGGCACAGCUAUCGUACAUAAACGAGGCAGGAUAUAACUUGCUGCACAUAAGCUGCAGAAAUGGACUUCAUGGUACGAUCUUAGAGCCGCUAGUUGAACACGGUAUGGACGUGAACGGUCCGACACCCGAUGGACAGUUACCAUUAUCGCUGGCAUCGUGCUGUGCGACGAUAACGUUCUUGCUUGAUCGUGGUGCACGUGUUGAUCUACUAAAUGGUGAUCUCCUGAGCAGUAAUCUGAACCACAUGCAUUACUGUGCAGCGAUAGUACUAAUACCACGUUUGAUUCAUCUGCCUUGGUUUCGCCAGUAUGCUCACAUGUACCUACCGUGGAUGUUAGGAGAACAAAGCCGAUAUUGCUUUUCCUCUAGUACUGGAAAGUUUCUGGAAACAUAUCCCGAUAUUCGUCGAUUAUUGUUCGACAGUUUGUACGAACAUUCGAAGAGUGAAAUGGCUGAACUGUUUGCCCGAGUGUGCCACAACGCAAUCCCUUGCUGCGUACAGUGGUUUUUGGAGUAUGACUAUGAUAUCGAUUACAAUUAUCCUAUGUGGGGUGAUUCGACACCACUGUUGGGGUUGCUUGGCUAUGUAAAGUGUGACAUAGAGGAACAUUUUCGGAUGGUAGAAAAGCUACUACAAAAAUCGAUCGAUGUAAACGCUACAAACAAUUUCGGACAAAAUGCGCUCAUGAUACUAGCGAAUGGAAUUGGGUGGAUGAACAAUUAUGGCCACUUGCCACUCGAACUGGCCUCUUUGUUGCUGAAGCGUGAAAUUAGGGUGGAUCAGCAGGAUGCACAGGGUAAUACGGCGUUACACAACGCGUUUGAACGUAUGCAAUGGGAAAUGGUGGAUUUUUUAAUAGAAAAUGGAGCCAAUGUAUCCAUUAGGAACAAUUCCAACAAGCUGGCAUGUCAAAUGGGGUUGACGGCGAAUGAAAAUGUGUUUGGGUUUAUAAAGUAA